AUGGCAGCAUUCGGAGACGACGAUCCCAGAACUCUCAGCUACGAUUCAGAGGAUGAUGAUUGCAAGAAUGUUAUCUACAACAGAGAGGUUAUGGAAGUUGUCAAUAAAAUGGCCAUCAACGACGAAACUAUCAAUGAGAAGGUUGUCAGUGAAACAAUGAUCAGCGAGACGGUUGUGGACGAGCACGUGGUCCAUAUAGAGGCACAUCCGGAGGAAGCCGAUCCAUUUCAUAGAAAUUUCCCUUCACCUAAUGAGGAGGAUGAUCUUGAGGAAGACGAAAAUACCCUCGUCGACCGCUGCGAUGAGCGCAUCAGGAAGAUUGUGCAUUUCUUCCAUGACAAGGCAAAAACUAUCUCCAGGAGUUCUGUCAAGCAGCGAACCGCGUGGAUGAACUUUGCGUUCCUUCCGAACUUGAAGAAAUCAGACCCAGACAUGGUCAGUAGCAUCUUUUCGAGUUUGAUUCCCAGGAAUGUACGUACGGCUCUUGGUCAUCGAUAUCUCCGCCGGGAACACCUGAUGUCUUUGCCACAAGUGGACACCGACAAGGAGUCACCAAUAAACAAGGCAAUGGCAGCGAAGGUGAAAAAGAAAAGGCAACCUCGAGGGCAAAGAAAAGCCCCGGAGAAAAAGUGGAUCAAAGUGGUCUAUCUGUUGUUUGGAGAGGAUGAAACCGAAGGUCAUCGAAAUGAUGCAGUCUAUCCCGGGCCAUCAACUCUUAAUGGAGAUAACAGAAUGGGCGAGCAUUCCGAGAUCAUGUCUGCCCCCGCAAAGCUAGCUAGAGCUGGAGGGAAACGCUCAAGGGCCCUUUUUUGCCAUCGGUUCAUCGUUCGUCACAAUUUCAAGCCGCACUUCAUGGAAGUCGCAACUUUCUCGGAGAAGAUGCCCGAAUACAACCUCAAACCGGGUGUCGAGCGACUUCGUUGGGUCGUCACCCGUCCCGAAUACCCUGCGGCUUUGGCCGCCUGUGGGAUUCCGCGCAGCCCUUUUUUCCCCCUGAACCGCGCACUGCCGCUGAAACAGUGUGUUAGCGACAAGUCCGACACCAAAGAAUGUCGCAACUGCAAGGCGACCAAGUCGAGAUACUGGUUCUUUGACUUCGUGCUGCAAGUAGUCCUCAAAACCAUCUUCUUGUGCGAGACACGCUGGGUCUAUGCUGUCUAUCACGGAGGUCAAGAUCGUCCCGAGUACCUCUGGAGGUGCGAGGCUCCCAAGUCUGGACCCUGUGAUAACUGUGGGGCUGAGGAAACUGUUCGGUGGCACUGA